AAAGAAGAAGACCACCGGUAGAGCAGCUGGAUUUCUUCACCGUUUGCUCGGGACUCUCAAGAUUUGUUGCAGACAUGAUGUGGGAAACCUUGCCUGGGUCGAAAUUAACCUGGAUUACACUGUGAAGGUAUGAAAUAGGAACAAAAUGUAAAGGUUAGAGGAAAUGAUUAAUUAAUGGGUCCACUCUGUGUUUACCACAUGCCCAUUAAUAACAGUAGUGACCAGGUUCACCAGUUUCAGCAGCUGGAAGUUGUAAAUUAAGAAAUAGUCUGUAAUGCUCAUGAAAGCAGAUUGUUACUGGUGGAAAGAUUAUCCUAAACACCACCUUUGGAAGGAAACAUGACUUGCAGUUUGCAAAUUUUUGUUGUUUUUAAUCAGUGUCUUACUCUGUAUGAGCUGUAACAUCUGUCUUUUUUAAACACUUUUCUUUCUUCACCAAUCAGCUGAAGUGUUUGAAAAUAUUUGCUGGAUUGACUGAAUUUUCCAGUCAAAGUGAUCCACUGGUCCAGUUUAAAUUCGACCUGAAAACUGUCACACUCCAGGACGGGUGUCUAUAUGUGUACUGGUUUCUUAAUGUAGGGUGGGGUAUCUCUUUUUGGAGUUUCCUCCUUAUCAGUCAAAAACAGGUGAUGCAUGUUCAGAGAUUUUGGUCAAUGAGUAGCAUGUGUGCUGACUCACUGUUGGAGGGAUUUAUAAGCCACUGACCCUAAAGGCCGGUCAGUUUAGAACAGCAGACCCUUCAUUCAAACACAGUGUGUAGGGUCAGAUUAGAACUAGAUACUCGUGUCAGUGAAUGCAUUCUGUAUGUUCUGGGAUGAUUUGUGUUUCCUCUCCAGGUAAAGGUAGAAAGUGUGUGUGAGCUGAUGUGGAUGUGAAUUCAGCAGCAUGGACCAGUGUGAGGACAGAGAGGAGGGAGUCCCUCCCUCUAAAAGAGCCAGAGAGAGCCAGAGCAAAGCUCAGAGGAACCAACCUGGAACUGAACCCAGCUGUGUGUCCUUACAGAGUGAUGCCUCAGUUGAACGCCACAUUGAAUUUAAACAACAACCCUCUGCUGCAGGGAGAAAUACAGUUAGGACUACAGCUGGAUCUGACCCCAGUCCUGAACCUAGCAAUGUGUCCUUGAAGAGCACCGCCUCGGCUGAACGGGUCAUUGAAUUUAAAGGACAGCCCUGUACUGCGGAGAGUAUCACCAGGUCAGAUGUUCCCACUGGUCCGACUGUCUCGCAGGAUAAAACACACCUGGACUCCAUAUUUAUGCUGUUGGAGGAGAACCUCAAUGCUUUUGUGAAGAAUGAACUGAGAAAGAUCCAGAAGGUUCUGAGUCCAGAUUACAUAAAGAGUCAGGCAGAGGAGGUGUUGCAGGGUGACCAUGAGAUGGAGAGGAAGAGCAGCAGUGAGGCAUUUCUUAGGAUCACAGCGAACUUCCUGAGAAUAAUGAAGCAGGAGGUGCUGGCUCAACGUCUGGAGAAUAGAUUCCCCAUCAUGUGUCAGAAUAAACUUAAAUCUAACCUGAAGAAGAAGUUCCAGUGUGUGUUUGAGGGAAUUGCUAAAGAAGGAAACCCAACCUUUCUGAAUCAGAUCUACACAGAGCUCUACAUCACAGAGGGAGAGACUACAGAGGUCAACCAAGAACAUGAGAUUAGACAGAUUGAAACAGCAUCCAGGAAAUCAGACAGACCAGAAACAACAAUUAGACAAGAAGACAUCUUUAAAACUUCACUUGGAAUAGAUAAGCCAAUCAGAACAGUCCUGACAAAGGGAGUGGCUGGCAUUGGAAAAACAUUCUUAACGCGGAAGUACACACUAGAUUGGGCCGCUGAAAAAGCCAACCAGGACAUCCAAUUCAUGUUUCCAUUCACUUUCAGAGAGCUGAAUUUGUUGAAAGAGAAAAAGUUCAGCCUGGUGGAACUUGUUCAUCACUUCUUUACUGAAACCAAAGAAUCAGGAAUCUGCAGCUUUGAAGACUUCCAGGUUCUGUUUAUCUUUGAUGGUCUGGAUGAGUGUCGACUUCAUCUGGACUUCCACUACACAGAGACCCUGACUGAUGUUACAGAGCCCACUGCAGUGGGUGUGCUGCUCACAAACCUCAUCAGGGGUAAGCUGGUUCCAUCUGCUCGAAUCUGGAUAACCACACGACCUGCAGCAGCCAAUCAGAUCCAUCCUGAGUGUGUUGACAUGGUGACAGAGGUUAGAGGGUUCACUGAACAACAGAAGGAGGAGUACUUCAAGAAGAGAUUCAGAGAAGAGCAGGCCAGCAAAAUCAUCUCCCAUAUCAAGACAUCACGAAGCCUCCACAUCAUGUGCCACAUCCCAGUCUUCUGCUGGAUCACUGCUACAGUUCUGGAGGAUGUGCUGAAAACCAAAAAGAGGAGAGAGUUGCCUAAGAACUUGACUGAGAUGUACAUCCACUUCCUGGUGGUUCAGGCCAAAGUGAAAAAGGUCAAGUAUGAUGGAGGAGCUGAGACAGAUCCACACUGGAGUCCAGAGAGCAGGAAGAUGAUUGAGUCUCUGGGGUGGAGCCUUCAGGAGAACAAUGGUUGA